AUGGGGAUUGCGUGUUGGUUGUGGGACACCGCGACGGGAGUGGCAGGAACGGGCGGAGCGGGAGAAGCGGAAGGAGCGGGAGGCGCGGCAGCCGAAAGCCGGACCGGCAAGCCGUCUGAGGAUGCGAAUUUGGCGGUGACAGCAACCGGACGCCACGCAGCGCCGGCGUUGGCGAUUGACAUCCGCGGCGGCGGCAGCAGCAGCGGCGCGUUGGGCGGCGACGGGGAUAAAGCAGCGUCGGUACGGACGGCGCUGUACCCAUCGGCGCGCAGUGAAGGCGGUGGCGGCGAGCGGAGCGUGCGCGACGUGCUAAUCGUGGAAGGGGGAAGGCCGCCCGCGGAUGCGGGGCGUGCCCGAGGCGGUGUGUUCCGCAAGAAGCAGCGGCGGGGGAAGGGCAAGCGGAGCGUGUUCGUGUACGAGCUGGUGCGCGCGCCCGCGGGGGGAGGCGGUGGGGAUUAUGGGGACCGCAGAUUGCCGCGCGCGAGAACAGCAGGCGCCGCGGAGAGUGGCAGUGCUGGGUUGUGGGGGACGGACGGCGCGGAAGGAGUGGUGGAGGGAGCAAUGGGAAAGGCGCAGGGUUGGCAGCAGCGGUCGCUGGAUCGAAGUGACACGCAGAGCGACAUUGCUGACGUGGACGAAUGGCGAUGGGAGAUGGAGAAAUAUCUGACGGAGAAAUUAAGGCGAGAAUCGGGUCCGAAGGAAAUGGGGCGAAAGGAGAAAGAGGUUACGAGAGAGGAAAGGGAAAGUGGCGGCUCGGAAGGGGAGCAGCACGAACGGGAGAACGGUAGCGGCGGCGGCGGAAGUUGGGGGUUGCGAGUCGCUGAUGAUGACGACUCGUUAGGAGCAAGCGGGCGCGCUUGUAAUACGUACGGGGGCUGUGACGAAGGAAACAACAGCUGGCGCGAUACAAGCAGCGAAGGGGAGGCAGCGGGGAUUGACCAGUGGGACCUGGACGCGGAUAUCGAGGAGCACCAUAGCGAGGAUGAAAGCAGCGCUGUGCUGUCCGCCGCCACGAGCGGCGACGGGGGCGAUCCGUGGGGCGUUGGGGGCAGCAGUGGCAGCGAGGAGCAGCGAGCGCUGCAGCGGCAGGGGCGAGACAAAGGACUAGUGAUAGACUUGGGAGUGGAUGGGGAGGAGUUGGGAGUGGUGAGGAGGGACGAGGAUUGGUUUGAAGAGGCGGAGGGCGUGUUGCUGGUGGACGAAGGGCGUGUCGUGCCUCGGGAGUCAGACGGUGGCGAGCGCGGCAGAAACGGAGAAUGGGGAAGGUCGCGAAGCUGUGUGGAAGCGUCUGUCCGCCAAGCCAGCAGGGCGGCCGUUGCCCGCGCUGCAGCGGACGCGCAGGCAGGCAGGAGAGGCGACGGCAGCGAUGGCAGUGGGAGUGACGGCAGCACCGGCCGUGGCAGCGACAGCAGCAGCAGGCACAGGGAAGGUGGGCGGCCCGUGCUGCUGCGGUGCGAGGGCGUGCGGGGGAGCAACCGCGUCCGCGCGUUUGAUCCCAGCGAGUACCUGCCUGCGCCCACAGCACCCGCAGCACCUGCAGCACCCGCAGCAGCACCCACAGCACCCACAGCUGCAGGUGGCGUGCCUGCGAGCGAGCACCACUGCGUGAGUGCAGGUGCAGGUGCGAGUUGGAACACACCCACGGCAGCCGGUGCAGCCGCUGUGCCAGAGGGCCGUGAGACUGCAGCGCAGGGAGGUGCGAGGGCGAGGGCACGCCAGGGAGAUGACGCGGCGGCGACGUCAGCAGCGGCGGGAAAGAGCCAACACGUGUCGGCAUGGUGGCAAUUCGGUGGGGCUGAUAAGAGCGCUGAUAAGAGCGACAGCAGCGGGCAGGCCGGCAGACGGAAGAGCACAGGUGGUGGAGUGAGCAGCGGAGUGCAUGGGGGUCGGUCCCGGCCGUUGGGACCCCCACCCACGCCCCAGAGCCCUGACCACGACGCAUGCAUGGAAAGCCGCACCUCGCACUUGAUAUCACCACCGGCUCUCCCCUCGCACGCAUCAGCAGCGUCAUCGUCCCGCCUACUGCCCUCCCCACGCCUCCCGCCCUCCCGGCGCCUCCCGCCGUCCCCCGGCCUGAGGAGGCAGCAAUCCGCUGCGGCUUCGCUUGCUGCGGUGGAGGCGAGUCAACGGCAGCGUGAGAGGCAGGCUGAUUUGACUGCACGAGCAGGCAAGCAGAGCAGGGGAGCGCGGGAGGAGUGCGGGCGAGCGGCGGUGGUUUUCCACAAGAGCAGCAGCACUGGCAGCAGUGGGGGGGGAGGAGGUGUCAGUGGCACCGGCAGUGGCACCAGCACUGGCAGCAGCCAGGACACAUCGAGCACCCAGGAGGAGGAAGCGAGUCUGAGGGAGCUGGAGCAGCAGCUGGAGAGAGAGAGGAGGAGGAGGGAGGAGGAGGAGGAGGAAGACUUGUUGGCAGAGGCUGGUGAGAGGGGAGUGAGGGAGGUAAGAGUGAGGGAGGGCGAGUGGGAGGAGGGAGGUGCUUGGAUGGUGAAGAUGCCCGGAAGGGGGGAGUCAAGGAGGCUGGAGGAGCUUUGUGAGACGGUUGGGAUGGGUGCUGGUGGGGUGGGGAUGGGAUUGGAUGGGGUGGAGAUGUGCUUGGAGUUGGAAAGAGGGGUGGUGAGCAUUGGGCCUAGUGUGGGAGGUAGAGGAGGGAUGGGAAGGAGCUUGAGCAUGGGAAGGCGGUUGCUGGGGUUGAGUCCAAAUGCGAAGCCGGAUGCGAGAGGGAGAGAGAGGGUGGGGGCAAUGCAAGGAGCGAGAGAGCAUGCUGUCAUAUCACCAGCGCUUGUACCUCCUCCCAUGCGACGAUCCUGCACAGACACACGGCAGGAGAGGCGGGCGAGGGAGCAGCUGGAGAAGAUGGGUGCGUGUGUGAAACAAGAUGUGGGAAUGGAAGCAGCAGCGGCGCCACCCAUGCGACGGUCCCGCACUGACACAAGGCAGGAGAGGCAGGCAAGGGAGCAGCAGGAGCAGAGGGAGCAGUUGGAGCAGAUGGGAGAGGGGGAUGAGGGCAGGGCAGCAGGCAAUGACACCAGCAGUGAGGGGAGGUGGCAGAAGAAGCGAAGGGUGCAGCAGAGGGGAAGCAGGCAGCGGGCGGGUGUUGCGGCGAGGCAGCACACAGCCGAGCCGGCGCUUGGAGCAACAGGAGGGGGUGUCUCGGCGCAGAGAGGGGGACCUGCUCAUCCGCACGCAUGCUCUGUGAGUCCCGUGGGUGGGGCGGGGGAAGGUGAGGAGAGGGGUGGUUGUGAUUGUGUCUCCUGGCAAGUUGCUGAAGCCUGUGUGGCAGGAGGUGUGCGCUUUGCUGUUGAUGUCGUCUCAUCCCUUCUUCACUGCGAACUCUUUUUGUCUGUCCCUUGCACUGCUGCUGCUGCUGCUGCUGCUGUGUUUGUGCAGAGGGCAAGACGCGGAGAUUCUGGUGCUAGACAACUGACCGUGGCGGUGGGCACAACACAACGGCAGAACAUGUGA